AUGAAGGCUAAAAGCGCAGUUCAAGACAAUCAAUACACACGAGUAGCUGAUUACUAUGCAGGGAAAUCUGUUUUUAUUACUGGAGCGACGGGGUUCCUUGGAAAAUUGUUCAUAGAGCGUCUCCUGUAUAAUUGUAAGGACAUCGAAACAAUUUACAUCUUGAUAAGAUCCAAGAAAGGGGAAGGCGUUGAGAAAAGACUACAGAAUAUUUUUGAUGUACCGAUAUUUGAAAAAUUAAAAGAAGUGAGACCAAAUGACCUAAAAAAAGUUAUUGCGGUUGAAGGAGACGUAACUUCGCCUGGAUUAGGUAUUAAAGAUAAAGAUGAACAGAAAUUGAUUGAUCAGGUUUCCGUAGUUUUUCAUUCUGCGGCUACAGUUCGCUUUGCGGAUCCUUUCAAAACUGUUAUGACUGUUAAUUUUGAAGGGACCAGGAAAGUCAUGGACUUAGCUAAGAAUAUGAAAAAGUUGGAUACAUUUGCAUAUAUUUCUACUGCAUUUUCAAAUGCGCCAAGAGUUGCCAUCGAUGAGAAAAUUUAUCCGCCGAUUAAAAAUUUGGACGAAGUAUCACAUUUCAUACAAAAAUAUGGUACUGAUGAGGAGAAGAUUGGGGAAUUUAUAGGCGAUCAUUCAAAUACAUACGCUCUCUCGAAGGUACUUAGUGAACAUCUCGUGAAUGAGUAUCGAGGGAAGAUGCCUUCCAUCAUCAUAAGACCUUCCGUUGUGGGACCCAUACUACAUGAGCCUUUAAAGGGCUGGACUGACAACUGGGUGGCGUCUACUGCUACGUUCAGUAACGUGGCCAGGGGACUGAUUUCAAUGCAAUACGGCAGUCGGGACACAGUGUGUGAUAUCAUUCCCGUGGACUACGUCACUAACUUCGCUAUAGUCGCUGCUGCUAGAGGCAAAAUCGUUUGCAGGACUGAUGAUGUCUUGGUCUACAAUAUUUGCACCAGUUCACAGAAUCCCAUCACAUGGCGUCGUGCAUCUGAUUUGUUUCUGGAAGAAAGUAGAAAACAUGGAUUUUGUAAAAGAAAAGCACAUAAUAUUUCAUUCAGUAUGUCACCAGUUACGAUUGAAAUUGUGACUUUAUUUAGGAACACAAUCCCCUGCCUGGUUGCUGACGUGGGACUGAUUGCCAGGGGAAAGAAGCCAUGGAAUACGAAAGAACACCUCCGCGCUAUAUGGCUUCGUAAUUUACUAAUUCCAUUUUCAGUAGCAUCUUGGUAUAUUAAAUGUAAUAAAGCGUUAUCUGUAAUAUCAUCUCUUGAUGAUUACGACAAAAAGACAUUCCCAUGUGAUCCUAAUUCUAUUAAAUGGAGGGAAUAUUUGCCUAUUUAUUGUAGGGGCGUGAAAGAGUACCUUUUGAAAGAUAAAUGUAAAUAACUAAGUUUUUGAUUCGUUUUAGGUUAGUUUCAAGCAUCUGUGUGUGGCUUCGGGUUCGCCCGGGUAGGUUCUUUAUGACAGUUUAAAAUUCUUUUACAGUAAUUAUGUUAAUCGAAGAUUGUGUAACUUUGAUUCAUAUUAAAGAUUUAUAAGAGAAAACUGUUGAUUUUACUAUUCCCCGUAAUUUAAC